GUUUACAUCUCUUCAUUGAGAGCCAAUUAUCUCGCUUUUGUGUGAGGCCCAAGAAUCACUCAUGCUGCCAGGUUUCACAGAGCUCCGUUGGAUCUAGCUGAACGAAUUGUUUUCCCUGUCUCUGUGUAUGAACAUUCUGUACAGGACAGAUUAUGACAGCUUCUUUCUUAAGGAGAGAAUGUUUAACUUUUAUCAAGUGAAACAUUUUUUUGAAAUACUGGAUAAAAUGAGAUGCCUGCGAAAACGUUCAACAGUGUCAUUCUUAGGAGUUCUUGUCAUUUUUCUUCUAUUUAUGAACUUAUACAUUGAAGAUAGCUAUGUGCUGGAGGGAGACAAACAACUUAUAAGAGAAACAUCCACUCAUCAAUUGAAUUCAGAACGCUAUGUGCAUACUUUUAAAGAUUUGUCCAAUUUCUCAGGAGCUAUAAAUGUUACCUAUCGCUACUUAGCUGCCACACCUUUACAAAGAAAACGAUUUCUUACAAUUGGACUUUCAUCAGUGAAACGAAAGAAAGGAAACUAUUUACUUGAAACAAUCAAAUCUAUUUUUGAACAAUCCAGCUAUGAAGAACUAAAAGAAAUUUCAGUGGUGGUUCAUCUAGCAGAUUUUAAUUCAUCCUGGCGUGAGGUCAUGGUGCAGGAUAUUACACAAAAAUUUGCUCACCAUAUUAUUGCAGGAAGAUUAAUGGUUAUACAUGCUCCAGAGGAAUAUUAUCCAAUCUUGGAUGGCCUUAAAAGAAACUACAAUGAUCCUGAAGAUAGAGUCAGAUUUCGUUCCAAGCAAAAUGUAGAUUAUGCCUUUCUGCUUAAUUUUUGUGCCAAUACUUCGGAUUAUUAUGUAAUGCUUGAAGAUGAUGUUCGAUGUUCAAAAAAUUUCUUAACUGCUAUCAAGAAAGUAAUUACAUCGCUUGAAGGAACUUACUGGGUAACUCUUGAAUUCUCUAAACUUGGUUACAUUGGAAAACUUUAUCAUUCCCGUGAUCUCCCACGCUUGGCACAUUUUUUAUUAAUGUUUUAUCAAGAAAUGCCUUGUGAUUGGCUAUUGACACAUUUCCGAGGACUCCUGGCUCAGAAAAAUGUAAUCCGCUUUAAACCAUCUCUUUUUCAGCAUAUGGGUUAUUAUUCCUCAUAUAAAGGGACUGAGAAUAAGUUGAAAGAUGAUGAUUUUGAGGAUGAGUCAUUUGACAUCCCUGAUAACCCACCUGCAAGUUUUUAUACUAACAUCAAUGUCUUUGAAAAUUAUGAAGCAAGCAAAGCUUAUAGUACUGUUGAUGAAUACUUUUGGGGAAAAUCACCUUUAACAGGAGAUGUCUUUGUGAUAGCAUUUGAAAAUCCAAUUAUAAUUAAAAAACUUAAAGUAAUUACUGGAACAGAAGAUCGACAAAAUGACAUUUUACAUCAUGGAGCCCUAGAUGUUGGGGAAAGUAGUUUGUCUUUGAAACAAAGUAGACAAUGUAUUAAUUACAUAAGACUAGGAGAGUUCAAAAAUGGAAACUUUGAGUUAUCAGAUGUAAAUCAGAAAGUUCCAUUUGACAUACAAUGUAUUAGGAUAUAUGUUACCAAAACACAAAAGGAAUGGCUGAUUAUCAGGAGUAUUAGCAUUUGGACUACUUAGCCAACUUAAUCACUAUGUUGAGUAACUGAUGGACGUCUUGUUCCCUUUUCUUGGUAACUUCCUGUUUGGCUACCUUUGCCCUUUGAGAUAAAACAAUAGAUGGAUAUUUCAAAGAAACUCAGUCAUCUGGGCACUUGAUUUACUCAGUCAACAUAAUUUUACUCUAAUUAACAUUUGUAUUUAUUUUAAUUCAUCAGUUUAUUAUUACCAAUAGUUUAUACUAAUGUCAUUUAUAUUUUUCAUAUAAUUUAUUAGUUCACAAUUUUAUAUUGAAUAUCAAAAGUGUUGCAUUAAGGCAGAAAAUGAGAACAUUCACUUUAUUGGAUAAUGAGUCUUUAAAAUAGUUGCCUAUUUGUAUAUAUUUUCUCAAGAAUGGAUAAUUCAUUAUGUAAUAAGCUUUUAUUAAGCAUCAGUGUGAAUAUGCAGUUGGAUAUGAUGAUAAUCUGUGUUUUUCUUAUUAACUUAUGUUUCCAUAAACUUCUGUACAUCCAAAAUUAAUACUUCCUCAUGGAAGUGCUGUAUUGCUAAAGACUUGUAUGUAGGUGUGGGCAAUGAAAAGAAAAAAAGUAUUUAAAAGUACCUCUCCCUUGUUUAUUUAUACAUAAAGGAAAGUUUUUCUUUGUAUGAAAACAUUUAAUUGAACACCUAUUGUUAACAAACUUUCUGUGAGAAGCAUUAAUUUUCUAGGUUCCAUUUUAAAAAAUAAAGAAUUAGUUAUGCUCAAUAUUUUCAGAUUAUAUUGGGUACCAAUGCAUAAUGGGGAAAAAUGGAAGAAUUCCUAUAAUUAGUUCAUUCUUAGAAACAUUUUCAGUAUAUGAAAAUUUUUAAUUGAUUUUAUAUGUUUUUAUUAAAAUUUGUGUGACUGAACUUGUUGUGAUUUAUCAUAUACAUUUUUAGGUUUUAAAUGUAUAUCAUCUAAGGG